CGAAACUCCAGCACAUUCGGUUUACUGCGUCUGCUGCAUACCCCAGCACGAUGAGGUGGCCUCUCCUUCGCGCCCGCAGGUGAAGCCCCUUAGCAACGCACCACCACUAAUUCAACGUAUUUCGCAGGCAUCACCUGUUGUCACAGGCAGGCCCCCCUCCCUGAUGCUUCUCUAGCCGUGCCUUGCCCUGUGGCACUCGCCUUGCUGCACUUGUUCCAAUCUGAUUUGCAAACCGCUCCUCGGCACGCGAUACCAAGCUCGCACAGCACGCGCUCUGUGUUCGAACCCAAUUCCCCGUCCGAAAUGGACACGAGGCCUACCUGGAACUGGGGUGCCGCCGCGACUGGACGCGAGUCCGCGCCAUACACCGCCAGCAAUCUCGGGAACGAGUCCACGGGGCGGUUUCGUGCUGAAGGCCCCCGCGACGCAUCUCCGGAUGCCCGUCCGGGAGAGGAACCCCGCGCUGCUCCCCGAGAGAGGGCGCAGAACCGUCGCUAUGGCCCGCGGACCUGUCGCAUCUGCCUAGACACUGAGCAGCCCAGGUACCCAACAGACAUCACGUCGACGCUCGGCAUAUCGUCCGCGUCGUCGCGACCGACCUACGUGUCCGACGACCCGGAGCUGGGCCGGCUGCUGUCGCCGUGCAAAUGCAAGGGCUCGCAGAAGUAUGUCCACGAGGGGUGCCUCAACUCGUGGCGGCUCUCGAACCCAAUGGCAGCACGAAAUUAUUGGCAAUGUCCAACGUGCAAAUUCAACUACCGGCUGGCCCGCCUGCACUGGGCCUCGAUGCUGAGCAGCAAGUUGGCGCAGGUUGCGCUGACGUUCGUCGUUCUCAUGCUCGGCAUCUUUGUCCUCGGGUUCGUCGCGGACCCGAUCCUCGAUCUCUGGUUCGACCCGGUCGGCACCAUCAGCGAUACGGUCACAAGUGUGGUCUCGGAUCUCGAAGCCCGGAAGCCGCCACCCUACGAGGCCCCGACCACGUGGACAGAGCACUUCACCAAAGGCUUCUUCUCCCUCGGCUUUGUCGGCUUCAUCAAGUCCGUCAUCGCCAUGGGACCUUGGCAGUGGUUGAACCUCCGGACGAGCGGCUUGCUGGGGUCCGGCCGUCGGCGCGGUACCGGGCGUGCUCGGAUGGAUAACUUCAACCUCUUGUUCGUCCUGAUCGGCGCGUUCACGUUUCUCAUGGCCAUAUGGAAGGCGGUCAGGGCGUUGAGCUCGCGGGUGCUGCAGAACAUGAGCGACAAGGUGCUCGAUGUCGGCGAGGACACGGGCGACGAUGACGCCGAGGAAGAAGCGCCCGACGAGCGCAACAAGGAUCAAUAAUGAUCACUUUUUGAUUUCUUUACGAACCCUCACUGCCUCUAGUGACUGUGGCGACUGCCCUGCACACUCUUAAGUUGCCUCGACUCUUCACUUCCCUGUCAAGUCAACUAGUCUGUGUGCAAAGAUUGAUGCUCCGCCCAGCCCUUGAGGAUAGACCGUUUUGGUCUGUUGCUCGUUGGCGAAGGGUGGAGAUAUUCAACGACAUGCCAAAUGGCUCGGGGUGCCGUCUUGGUGCUCCGAUGCCGUCAAUAUGCGCCUACUGGGUAUUUCAAGUACACUGCGUGAGUAGGCUGCUUCACAUGUCCAUUGGUACAUUCGUAUGGUUGCGCUGUCAAACAUGAUGUCGUUGUUCAGAGUCAUAUUGCAGAAUUAUAGAGCUGCCCACAAAGUAUGGGUCCGUGCGGGAGCGUGGCCUGGAUUUUUAUACCUUAUUAAAUAGACCAUUUCCAUGCCCAUUGCUUGCCUCGUAGUCGAAUU